AUGACACCACCCAAUUCCGAGGAUCUGUAUCUCGGGAAGUCCCACGCCGCUGGAAUAUCAACAAUGGUCCAGACCACGCGAGCCGCAAAAUACCGUGGCGUCUUGGUGGACAAUAAGCUGACUUGGAGGGACCAGAUUUUCCGUACAGCGGACAAGGCCUCUAAGAUGGUAACUCAUCUUAGCAGGCUAAUGGCCAACGUCGGCGGUCCCAAGUCCAGCAGGAGAAGACUGUUAAUGUCUACAGUCCAGUUCGUGCUCCUUUACGGGGCUGAGGUGUGGGCAGACGCACUAAAUAUUGAAUUUUAUCGGAUACGAACCGCCCGGGUACAUCGUCAAGCGGUGCUCCGGGUGUGUUCCGCCUACCGUACAGUGUCUGAGACUGCCGUCCUGGUUAUUGCUGGAGUCAUCCCAGUCAAGCUUUUGGAAGGAGCGCUCUCGUACGUACCAGCAAUGGCAAAACAGCUGGCAACAAAACACCCGUGGACGUUGGACUACCAGACUUAUCAAACAAAUCCAACCGUGGGUAGAAAGGCGGCAUGGCGAGGUAGAUUACUACCUCACAAUGUUGUUUAG